AUGGACCACGUCGCUCUGCUCAAGCAAUUCAUUGGCAUGUGCCAAUCGAAUCCGGCAAUUCUUCACUCCCCGGAGUUUGGUUUCUUCAGAGACUACCUUGUCUCUCUUGGAGCCACUCUUCCACCAAAGCCGGAGACUCCAGCUCCGGAAGGAAAGUGCCCAAUGGGUGGAGAUAAGAAAGAAGAGAAGAGGGAAGAGAAGCCUGCUGAACCGGAAAUUCCAAAACCAGCUGAGAUUCCAUUCCCAGAAAUCGACAAUGAGGGAGUUAUCGAGCCAGAAGAGGCUGUUGCUCUUCCGAUGGGAGAUUCCAACAAAGCUCCAUCUGAUGAAGACGUUGAGAAAGCUUCUGAAGAGAGAGGAAAAGCUCAAGAGGCGUUGGGCAACGGAGAUUUCGACGCGGCUCUCACCCAUUUCACGGCUGCUAUCGAAGCCAACCCAGGAUCGGCUAUGCUCCAUGCCAAGAGAGCAAGUGUGCUCCUCAAAUUGAAGCGCCCAAUCGCAGCCAUCGCUGAUUGCGACAAAGCCAUUUCGAUCAAUCCAGACUCUGCUCAAGGAUACAAAUUCCGUGGACGCGCCAACCGUCUUCUCGGAAAAUGGGUCGAGGCCAAGACCGAUUUGGCUACUGCUUGCAAACUUGAUUAUGAUGAUGAUGCAAACGAGUGGCUCAAAGAGGUUGAACCAAAUAGAAGUUCUACAGUAUCAUUCUUGGCUGAAUAA